UCUCUAAACUAAAAGUGAACAUGGCUGAUUUUGGAGAGAUCCUCCGGAAUAUUGGAGAGUUUGGAUUAUUUCAGAAGAUCACCCUUUUUGCUCUUUGCUUCCCAAAUAUAAUUCUUACUUUUCACUUUGCUAGUGUAUUUUUUGUCCAGUCAGAUCCAGAGCGACACUGUAACACAGACUGGAUCCUCAGAGCUGAUCCUAACCUGACCACAGAUGAGCAGCUGAACCUGACUCUGCCCCGGGAGGAGGAUGGGACCUUCAGCAGGUGUCAGAUGUUUAUCCCUGUGGACUGGGACAUCAGUGCCAUCAGGGAGUAUGGACUCAAUGAGACCACAAGGUGCCAGAAUGGAUGGGUGUACUACAACACAUUGUACGAUGCUACAAUAGUCACUGAUUUUGAUCUAGUUUGUGACCAGGCUAAUUUGUUGGAAAUUGCACGAGCAGCGCUGAUGGCUGGUAUUCUUGUUGGUUGUCUUUUAUUUGGACCCUUUGCUGAAUCGUUUGGUCGUAAACGAGCAGCUCAGAUUCCAGUCAUUGUGACGCUGAUAUUUACUGUAACAACAGGCUUAUGUCCCAACUUUUACCUUUAUUGUGCAUCCCAGUUUAUGGUGGGAAUUGGCUAUGGAGGUUAUCGGCUUAACUGUGUUAUAUUGGCCACUGAGUGGAUCGGGGUGUCCAAACGAUCAUGUGGAGCAUGUGUGACUCAGCUAUGUGGUGCAGUAGGGAACCUCAUACUUGCUGGUAUAAUCUACUUCAUUAGAGACUGGAGACUGGCUCAAUUUAUCACAGCAGCUCCAACUGCAGUGAUUGCUAUUUACAUAUGGUUUAUUCCAGAGUCAGCCAGGUGGUUGUUGGGCAGAGGAAAGACAGAAGAGGCUAAACACCUGAUUACAAAAGCAGCAGCCAUCAACAAACGCACUGUCUCAGACUCUCUGCUAGAAAAGAUUGUUGUGAAAGAAACUGAGAAAAAGGAAGGCAUAAUAAUUCUUAUCCAAUCAUCUGUGCUUAGGAAGUAUUUCUUUACCAUACUACUGGCAUGGUUCUCACUGAAUGUUACCUACUAUUGUCUGUCAUUCAAUGUGGGAAAUUUUGGCUUGGACAUCUUCCUGACACAGGCCAUGUUUGGUGUGACUGAACUACCAGCUCAUAUACUUUGCAUCUGGCUGUUGGAAGCACUGGGGAGAAGAGUCUCACUGAUGUCAACACUUCUGAUUGGAGGAUUCUUGUGCAUCUUAAUCCUGGCUUUUCCUCAAAGUAAUGCCAUUGCUGUUACUGCGUUGGCAAUCUCAGGCCGUUUUUUCAUAAAUUGGGCGGGAUCCAUAUGCAACGUGUAUGUUCAGGAGCUGUUUCCAACAUCUUUUCGACAAACAGCCUCUGGGUUGGGCUCCAUUGCAAGCAGAGCUGGUGGCUUGCUGUCUCCGUUGCUCAACAUGUUGGCCAUAUACCACUGGUCCAUACCCAUCAUUGUUUUCAGCAGCCUUACAUUGGUCAGUGGAGCUCUUGGCUUCCUGCUUCCUGAGACCAGGAGAAAAGAGCUUCCUGAUUCAACUGAUGAGGCAGAGGGCAACAUAAAUAAGACGACCAUGAAGAUCCUAAGUGCAUCAAGCAUGUCUCCACAAAGCAAAUCAACCAAACUGUAGAAUGAACACUUCUGUUACUUACUCUGUCCAUCCAAAUCUCCAUUCAUUUUCUUGUGGCAUCACCCUCAGCCCACGUGUUAGCCUUACACACAAGAUAUCUGCAAAUGUAAUGAGCUGAUGGCUCGGGAAGAUAAUGAGCACAGUCAUGCCCACAAGGUAACAAACCCUUGAAAUUUUAAUGACUCUGUGUCUUAACCUCUUGUGCCACCCUCUGGACUUUUUCAGGCACUCUGCAAAGUGUUCAGGAUGCCAGUCAGUAGUCUGGAGGGUAUGCACAUGCUGCCACCACCUGUCACAAACAUGCAACAGUCAGUGCCUGCUGUUGUGCACUCACAUAGAAAAAAACAUCUUAAGCAUUGAAAAUAUUAAUAAAACCCAAUAUAUCAACACUCAACUAACAAUCCAAAAGUAUGUAUUAGGCCUCAAGACAUUUUGAAUAAUAAAAUUA